AUGGCAGCUCUGGAGGCGGUGGGAGCCGUGCUGGUGUUGGACGUUGAUAAAGUUGCCUUUGACAACUACCUCAUACCGGAGGGCUUCACUCAGCGUAAUGAGAGUGGGUUCAUAGGGACGGUGAGAGGUGACUGGUCGGAGGUGGUAGCAGCACGAGAGGCCUUACUGCAGGCUAUUGGGAAGGAGUGGCCGGCAGUAUCGGAAGCUUCGGUGGUUUAUGAAGGCUCUUGUAAUACGAUAGCGUUGAGGCGAAAGCCUAGGGAUGGUAGGAGUACGGCUUUCUAUCACCCCACGGUUGGUCGCGGGCGUGGGAGAAGUGAGGGGAUGUCGAAGUACUGGACGAGCAAAGGAGUGGAGGCUGCUGCUUCACGCUAUGUGGCUGCCUGUGAUUCGGCGACAGCGAGAGCCAGAAGGAUGCUGCGGGAGCUCUGUGGUGUACUGUCGAGUAUGUUGGGCGGACUGAUAGCGGCCUCGCAUUGGUCUGUGGUCCUCACCUUUGCUUACCUGCAUACUGAGAACUCUCUGAGGAAGGGGUGGACGUUGGCUGAGUUGACAGAGGGGGAGGGGGUGCGGAUGGAUGUGAAGGGGCUGAAGCCGUACUGGAUGGAGAGCCCUCCGAGGGGUACGGCUAGGCUUAACGACUUCUCAUUGGGAGAGGGCUCCUCGUUUGCACUGAUCACUGGAUGUAACGAGUCGGGUAAAAGCACAUUUCUGAGGAGUAUAUGUGCCUUGGCUUUGACCUCCAAUACUGGCUUGUUUUCUCCUUGUGCAGAGGGCACGGCUAUCAGCAGGCUCACUGAUCUGCUGGUUAUGUUCCCGAGAGGUGACCGACCGUCUGAGGAGCUCAGUGCUCAUGCGUUGGAGUGUGCUACCUUGAAAGUGGUGGAUCGAGAUGCAUGUAGAUCGGCAGCUAAGGCGCUGGUAGUUGUUGACGAGUUUGGUCGGGCUACAUCUCCUGUGGACGGCGCGGCAUUGACGGUGAGCCAACUGGAGAGGUUCGUGGCCGCUGGAGUGGCAUGCUUGUGGGCUACACACUUGCAGGCUGAUGUGAUACGUGUGCUCUCGCCAGAGGUAGCGCAAGGCAUCGCUACGUGGCGCAUGCGGGUCGAGGAUGAUGCUCUCUUGGGGGGCGACCUGUACCCAUCACGGAAAGUGACGUACAAGAUAGAGUCGGGGGUGUGUAGUAAUUCUAUGGGUAUCUAUACGGCCAAUCAGAUAGGGUUGCCGAGCUCGAUGGUGUCCCGGGCUAUGCAGCUGCGGCAAAUGCUUGUUGGUGAGGAGGUAGGGACCCCCCUUCCCGAGAGACCUGUAGAGGUAGACCUGGCAGAGGCCAUCUUGGCUGUGUCGAGCCAGGGUCAUAGUGAGACGCUGCUGCACUUGAGUCCGGACUCUAUGCCUCCCCCUCUGUACCAAGCUAGCUCUGUGGUGUAUGUACUGGCGUUGAUGCCGCGAGGUGGUGGUGGUGGCGGAGCGGUGCAAGAGUACUACGUGGGUGAGACGGAGAACUUGUCCAAGCGACUUGAACAACAUCGAAGACGAUUGGAGGAGACACAUGUUAUCACUGGAAUUGACUGUGUGUUGACUCGUGGGAAAGGCGAGGCUCAGAGUAUUGAGGGAGCGUUGAUAAGGCACCUGCAGGGUCGAGGGGCCCGGCUCAUCUCUGCCCACGAUGGGGCGCAUCGAGGGACGGCAGGCAUACAGCUCAAUGGUGAUGUAUGAGACGGUGUGUAAUACACACUGUGUAUCAUUCUAUUGCAUGUGACGUUUCUAUGG